UUAUUUUCUUUCAUUUUGCGGAACUUUAACGUUGUAAAGAGAACCAGUGCUUGUGAACUCUCGUAUCGCAUGUCUUGUAUGCCUUGUUUCCUUGAAGAUGUUUUAAUGGCUCUGAAGAAACCCUAGGAAUUUAGUAAAGCCUAUGUGACCCUUUCAGAGACUGUUUUUCUAGAAAAUGAGUAUCAUUCCAAAGGAGAACAUAGAAGUAAUUGCUCAGAGCGUUGGCAUCAACAAUUUGGCGCCUGAUGUUGCUGUGGAACUUGCCAAAGAUGUCGAGUAUCGAAUCCGUGAAAUUAUGCAGGAAGCUAUCAAGUGUAUGCGUCAUUCAAAGAGGACUGUGCUGACCGCAGAGGAUGUGGAUAGUGCACUUAGCCUGAGAAAUGUGGAGCCAAUUUAUGGAUUUGCUUCGGGUGAUCCUUUACGGUUUAAGAGAGCUGCGGGCCAUAAAGAUCUAUUCUAUGUUGAUGACAAAGAUGUGGAGUUCAAAGAUGUGAUUGAUGCUCCUCUACCAAAGGCGCCCCUUGAUACUGCCGUUGUCGCCCACUGGCUAGCAAUUGAAGGAAUACAACCUGCUAUUCCAGAAAAUGCUACAGUAGAUGUAAUUGUAGCUCCUUCAGAACACAAAAAGUCAGAGCAUAAAGAGGAUGGGCUUCCUGUUGAUAUCAAAUUACCUGUUAAGCAUGUCCUUUCUAGAGAGCUCCAGAUGUAUUUUGAUAAAAUCACUGAGCUUAUUGUUGGGGGAUCUGAUUCGGUGCUCUUCAAGGAAGCUCUAGUGAGUUUGGCGACAGAUUCAGGACUUCAUCCUUUAGUUCCUUAUUUCACAUACUUCAUUGCUGAUGAGCAGGUAACUAGAAGUUUGAAUGAGUUCCAGCUUCUGUAUGCUCUAAUGCGUGUGGUCAGGAGUCUUCUGCAAAAUCCACACAUACACAUUGAACCUUAUCUACAUCAGUUGAUGCCAUGUGUAAUCACCUGCCUUGUUGCCAAAAGGUUGGGCCACAAAUUUGCUGACAACCACUGGAAGCUUCGGGACUUUACGGCAAGUCUGGUAGCAUUGAUAUGCAGAAGGUUUGGGCAUGCAUAUCAUAAUCUCCAGCCCCGUGUGACAAGAACACUUCUUCAUGCAUUUUUGGACCCAAAUAAGGCACGGACUCAGCAUUAUGGCGCAAUUCAAGGACUGGCUGCAUUGGGGCCUAGUGUGGUGCGAUUGUUGAUCUUGCCAAAUCUAGAGCCUUUUCUACAGCUGCUUGAGAAAGAUGUGCUUGGGGACCAGAAGAAUGAAAUGAAGAGGAACGAAGCAUGGAGGGUUUAUGGUGCUCUACUGCGUGCAUCAGGUCAAUGCUUAUAUGAUCGCCUUAAACAUUUCCCUAAUGUAUUAUCUCCAUCCUCCCAUGCUGCCUGGAAGUUGACUGGAAGGCCUGUGAUCACAACCCCUCCAAAUAAGAGAAAGGUGGGCCCUGAUCAAUCAGCUGAACAGCCACCACUCAAGAAAGCGGCAACUGAUGGGUUACUAUCUCCAAAUUCGACCACCUCUUUCCAAACAGAGCCACCACAAACACAAGUCGGGGACACAGUUACCAUGCCCAUGUCUUCAGCUGAUGCUAGCCAUGUGGGCCCAUCAUCUUCUUCUACAAUACGGGGCCAGCAUGAUAGUGUGGGACCCAUGAGAGGGGUUGCAGGGCGGGGCGCACUAAAUGCUUCCAAAGUGCUAGGGCAGGCAUGGAAAGAUGACAUGGAUGCGGGUCGGCUUUUGGCUUCACUCUUUGAGUUGUUUGGGGAGUCCAUGUUCUCUUUCAUUCAGCCUCCUGAGAGGCUUUUCUUCUUGUGAGUGGUGCAAUCGGGGGAAGUUGUCUAUGUACUAUUAGAUUAUUGACAUAGUGAUCUUACGAAAUUGUUAAUGUGAUGAAUGCCUAUCCGAACAUGUUGCUCGAGGAACGCGAACAGAUGACCAGAAAAGAUGAUCUGUUUUUUUUUUUUUGAACAGUCAAUGGUAAUGAUCGUACUUUUUCUUU